CCAGACAUCAACUCGAGUCGUUGGUGAUAACUUGUUCCUCCUCCUCUGCAUUGUGUAUUUCAGAACCAAGAUGAUCCAGCAGUGGUCAGUGUUGGCAAUGGCGACCCUGAUGUUGGCAGCUCUAUCGUGGGCAGCUCCACAGCAAUCUUUUCUCCUGCCAACACCUGUGCCUUCGUGCAAGCGUUGGUGUAACCACGAUGUCGAUGGGUAUUUGUACUGUUGUCAGGAGGAACAAGGCGCUGGCGCCCACAGCGGGACAUGUCCAGACACGCCCAUCCAGCCACAGGAGCAGAACGUCUUAGACACCCAAGGAGGAGGCGCCCUUCAUUGCGAGAGGGACGGCGACUGCACCAAGAACCAGAAGUGUUGCUACACCAAGUUCAGACAACAGAGGAUCUGUCGUGAUGUGUGAGUGUGUGUUCCAGGCUGGGUGGAACACUGUCGUUGGAACGCUGUUUUUUUUUUUUUUUUUUUUUUUUUUUUGAGGUUUUGAGGUUUUGUGAAAUUUUUAAGGUGUAAGAACGUUCCGAGAAUAAAUACUUAUGAUGGUGAAUGGUAUUGCAUUAUAUUCCUUUUUUUUUUUUUUUUUUUUUUUUUUUGAGGUUUUGAGGUUUUGUGAAGAUUUUUAAGGUGUAAGAACGUUCCGAGAAUAAAUACUUAUGAUGGUGAA